AUGGGUGAGGAGUCAGGCAGCUCCCCUGUUUCUCCUGUGGACAGCUUGAGCAACAGCGAGGGGGAGCUGGAUAGACAACCGAAGCGCAGUGGGAGGAAGAGGAGACCGGGUAGGAAAAACGGGGAGGACUCUGAUAGCCCUACCCCUGGGAAGCGAGGCAAGAAGUCCAGCAGCAGCAGCAGCCCCCAGUCCUUUGAGGAGCUCCAGUCUCAGAGGGUCAUGGCCAACGUGAGGGAGCGACAAAGGACCCAGUCUCUCAACGAGGCGUUCGCGUCUCUGCGCAAAAUCAUCCCCACGUUGCCAUCGGACAAGCUGAGCAAAAUACAGACACUCAAACUCGCCGCUAGGUACAUCGACUUCCUUUGCCAAGUUUUGCAAAGCGACGAGCUGGACGCCAAAAUGGCAAGUUGUAGUUAUGUGGCGCACGAGAGGCUGAGCUACGCGUUUUCCGUCUGGAGGAUGGAGGGCGCUUGGUCCAUGUCAACAUCCCACUAG